AUGCCCAUUGCCUCUCUCGCCCCCAGCAUCGCCAUCCCAUCGGUUGAUCUGCCGACAUUCUUUUUCAACACAGUAAAGAAUUCGACGCUAUUUGGGCAGAAGCCCGAGCUGCCCUUCCUUGUCAGCGAGUCCAAGACCCUGUCGUUUGCUGAUCUGGAGAAGCUCACCAAUGCUCUCGCCUCGGGCCUUUUCAACAACACCGGUCUGAAUAAGGGCGAUACACUGCUGGUCGUCCUCCCAAACAACGUCUACUACCCAGCAAUCACCCUGGCGACACAGAUGGUCGGUGCUGUCGUCACCACCGCCAACCCACUGUACACUGCGCGCGAGCUUGCCCACCAGAUCAAGCUGACUGGCGCAAAGAUGGUGGUUUCGAUUGACGCCAAGGUCCCUGCCAUCAAGGAAGCAGUGAAUUCUGCUGCGUCGUCUAUUCCUGACAACCUCAUCUUUACGCUAGAUGGUGCCAACCCUAUUUUCAACAUCCUCUCAACCAAGCCCUUCCCGCGCGUCUAUCUGCGCACUGAGGAAGAGACGAAGAAUGCGCUUUCGUUUAUUGUCUUCAGUUCUGGUACCAGCGGCAAUCCCAAGGGUGUCAUGCUCAGCCACCGCAACGUCGUCGCCAACAUCACGCAGAACCUGGCAGUUGACAAGAGCGACAAGUACCUUACCGACGCCUACGCACAUAUCGAGCCUAAUGCACAUAUGAUCGCUGUCCUCCCGUUCUUCCACAUCUACGGCCUGACAUGCAUCAUGCACUUGCAGCUGUGCCAGGGCCGCCCACUUGUGAUCAUGCCCCAGUUCGACCUUGAAAAGUUCUGCCAGCUAGUGCAGCAGUACCGCUGCCGCGCUGCCCACCUGGUGCCGCCUAUUAUCCUCGGUCUGACCAAGAGCCCGGUUGUCAAAAGGUACGACAUCUCGAGCCUGCUGUUUAUCAACAGUGGGGCUGCUCCACUCACCAAGGAGCUGCAGCAGGAGGCACAGAAGGUUCUGGGAUUCCCAGUUUGCCAGGGAUAUGGCCUUUCUGAAUCAAGCCCAGUGAUUACCCGGAUUAGCCCUGGUAAGGUUGUGUAUGGCUCAUCAGGCCAGCUCAUUCCAAACAUGACUGCCAAGGUCAUUGACGAUGAUGGCAAGGAGGUUGGUCCUGGUGAGGUUGGCGAGCUGUGCUACCGCGGUCCCAACAUCAUGGUGGGCUACCUGAAGAAUCCAGCGGCUACUGCCGAGACCUUGGACUCUGAGGGCUAUCUCCAUACCGGAGAUGUUGGCUAUAUCGACAAGGACGGCUACAACUUCAUCACCGACCGCAAGAAGGAACUGAUCAAGUACAAGGGCUUCCAGAUCCCACCCGCUGAAAUUGAGGGCCUGCUGCUUGAUCACCCAGCGAUUCUGGACGCAGCAGUCAUUGGUGUCUAUGACGACACUCGGGCAACUGAGGUUCCCAAGGGAUUCGUCGUUAUCAAGCCCAAUGCCAACAAAACAGGUAUUGUUGAUGAGAUUCACUCAUGGCUGAACUCGCGCGUCACUCAUUACAAGCGGCUGCGUGGUGGAAUUGAGGUCAUCGAUGCCGUUCCCAAGUCAGCAACCGGGAAGAUCCUCCGGCGUGUUCUGAAGGAGCGCGAGUCGCAGAAGCACAAGGCCAAGCUUUAAUAUCUGGUAAUGUUAGGGGUGAAAUAU